AGCCAUUUUGGCUCAAGCCUGCCUCGGGCGCCAGGCGGGCUGUGCGCGCCCCCUGCCGCGGCUCGGGCGAUGGCGACGGUCGACCCCCCAGCGAUGCUUGCGCCGCUGGUCAAGGCGGCAGCGGCUGGGGCCGCUGAAGGCGGCGGCGGGCGGCAAGUGGUGGCCGCCGCUGUUGCAGCCGCCAUCCGCUCUGGCGCUGAGCUGUUCGCCCCGCGCCCGCCCUCCGAGGAGCUCGCGGAGGUGGAGAUGCGUGAGAAGCUGGGCAGGCCCCACCUGACGGAGAUGGUUUGGGCUGGCCGCGAGGGCGCGGUGGCUCGGCCCUCUGGGGCUAGCCGCGCCUUCCGCGGCUGGGCCCAGCACGCCGACUUCGGUGCUGGGCCCCAGGCGGCGCCCGCCUCGGCUGCAGAGGCCAGGCGCCGCGCCUGGGGCCGCCGGCGUGGUGCUGGCGAUGCAGCGCCGGCUCCCACCGUGUACAACCUGGUGAAGGAGGACCUGGAGGAGAUGGUUUCGCAGGCACCUGGUGCCCAACCGAUGGUGGAGACGCAGGUGAAGAAGGACUUCAAGGGUGCCCCUGGAGGCAACACCACCGCUGAGGUGAAUGAGAUGGGCUCGGCCUUUUGCGAGCUGGCCCUGGCGAACACUCGGUUCGGCAAGGGGGAAACCAAGAACCUCGAGAAGGCCUCCAAUGUGACGACCCAGGUCGAGGAGCUUGCGCGCACGGCAACUACAUGGAGCGACUCGUCCUCAUCAUGUUUGUCUCCGGAGGUGCCCAAGGGGUGCGUUACGACGGACUCCGAGGACGAUGAGGAGGCGAGGAAGUACCUGGAGGGCCAGAAGAAGGAACUGGAGUUCCCUGAGAAGGCCCACUUCGGCAAGACUGGCAAGGGGUACGCGCUCACGGACGUGGAGGUUGCCAAAGCCGAGCACAAGGAGCUGGCGACUGUGGACGUGGGUCCCGUGCGCUGCCCGCACCCGCGCAGCAGCGCAACAACAUCAAGCUGUACGAGCGACUCGUCUUCUUCAUGGACGUCUGCCGAGAAGCCCAAGGAGGAAGUUUGGACGGACUCCGAGGACCUCGAGGACGGGACGGAGGCGAUGAAGGUCGUUGGCAAUUUUGGCGACGUGCCGCUGGCUGAUGAGGGCUUCGAGGUUAAAUUUAAGGUGGAGAAGGAGAAGAUGCAGCAGAACUUCGAAGCCGUGUACGUCACGAAGCGCGGCGUCGUGAACCAGGCGGCCGAGAGAGUCGAGAUGGCCAAACAUGCAUUGGCCCUUGCGGAAGCCUCCUUCGAGAGCGCCUGCCAGGAGCUGGUCGAUUGGGUGUCGGCCCUGGAUGCGCACGAGCAGCAGGUGAUUCUGAAGGAGCUGGACCUCUCGGCCGUGAAGGCGGCCCCGUGUUGAGGGCGCGUCGAAUGCUUGGGCGCGGAGGCUCGUGUUCCUCCGCGCCUCCGUUUCGCGCGGAGGCUCGUGCUCCUCCUGCGCCUGGGUGCCCGCGGAGGCUCGUGCCCUCUUGCGGCGCGCCCGAGCGGCCGCGGUGGCUCGUGUCCACCGCGGCUGUCGCUUCCCUGGCGGCGGAGGCUCGUGCCCUCCUGCCGCCAGGGGCUGACAGGGGACGUGCGUCCUUC